AUGGCGAGCGUCGUCACCGAGUCCUUCAACGGCAUCAAGUCCCAUGGCGGGAGCUGGUGCGAGGGCAUAGGCUUCUACACGCGAAGCGCGUUCCUCAAGGCCGUCGCCGCGUACCCGGGCUUCGCGCAUGGCGGCUCGGAGGUCGAGCGCAAGCGCGAGAUUGCCGCCUUCUUCGCGCAUGUCACGCACGAGACCGGGCAUUUAUGCUACAUCAACGAGAUCGACGUGGCGAAAUACUGCGACUGGAAGAGUGAGAAGCAGUGGCCGUGCUACCCGGCGCAGGGGUACUAUGGGCGUGGCCCGCUUCAGCUGUCGUGGAACUACAAUUACGGGCCGGCGGGGAGGAGCCUCGGCUUCGACGGGCUGCGGGACCCGGACAGGGUGGCCCAGGACCCCGUGUUGUCGUUCAAGUCGGCGCUCUGGUACUGGAUGGAAAACAUGCACCAGCGGACAGGGUGCCCCAGGGUUUGGCGUUCCAGUCGGCCAUCACUGGGCAGGGCCAUCAUGCCCCAGGGGUUCGACGGGCCAUCGCCACGGCGGAAAGGACACAGCCGAAAUGAAAGACCGCGUGCAAUUCUACAUAGAGUACUGCCACCAUUUCGGCAUUGA